ACCGACGCUACAGCGGCAGGAGCAACCCCGCCGCACCGAACCCACAGCAAACCGCCGCCGCAGCAGCCAUGGGCCUCCGCGCCCUGUUCCUCCUCUUCUCGCUCGCCGCGGCGGCAUUGGCGGCGGAGCAGCAGCGGCCCGCAUUGCCGCCCCCUUCAGCUGGCGGCGCGGGCGCGCCGGGGGUGAGCUCCAACUCGGUGCUGGUGGCGCUGCUGGACUCGCGCUACACGGAGCUGGCGGAGCUGGUGGAGAAGGCGCUGCUGCUGCAGGCGCUCGAGGACGCCGUCGGCCGGGGCAGCGUCACCAUCCUCGCGCCCCGCAACGAGGCGCUCGACCGGGACCUCGACCCCGAGUUCCGCCGCUUCCUGCUCGAGCCCCGCAACCUGCGGGCGCUCCAGUCCCUGCUCCUCUUCCACGUCCUCCCCGCCCGCGUCCACCUCUCCCCCUCCGCCUCAAUCUCCCACCAGACGCUCGCCGGCGAGCCGCUCGAGCUCGCCGCCGCGGCCGUCACGCGCCCCGACGCCGUGGUCCGCCCCGACGGCGUCAUCCACGGCAUCGAGCGCCUCCUCGUCCCGCGCUCCGUCCAGGAGGCCUUCAACCGCCGCCGCAGCCUGGCCGCCAUCUCCGCGGUCCUCCCCACCGGCGCGCCCGAGGUGGACCCCCGCACGCACCGCCUGAAGAAGCCCGCCCCGCCCGUCCCGCUCGGCGCGCCCCCCGCCCUCCCCGUCUGGGACGCGAUGGCCCCCGGCCCCUCCAUCGCGCCGGCGCCCGCCCCGGGGCCCGGUUCCGGGAAGCACCACUUCGACGGGCACAGCCAGGUCAAGGACUUCAUCCAGACCCUCCUCCUGUACGGCGGCUACAACGAGCUCGCCGACAUCCUCGUCAACCUCACCUCCCUCGCCACCGAGAUGGGGCGGCUCGUCUCCGAGGGGUACGUGCUCACGGUGCUCGCGCCCAACGACGAGGCCAUGGCGCGGCUCACCACGGACCAGCUCUCCGAGCCCGGGUCGCCGGAGGACAUCCUCUACUACCACAUGAUCCCCGAGUACCAGACGGAGGAGAGCAUGUACAACGCGGUGCGGCGGUUCGGCAAGGUGCGGUACGACACGCUGCGGCUGCCGCACAAGGUCACCGCGCGCGAGGCCGACGGCUCCGUCAAGUUCGGCGCCGGCGAGGGCAGCGCCUACCUCUUCGACCCGGACAUCUACACCGACGGCAGGAUCUCCGUGCAGGGCAUCGACGCCGUGCUGCUCCCGCCGGCCGAGGACGGCGGGCAGUCACCCGCCGCCGCCGCGGCGCCCGCCAGGAGGGCGCCCGCCGUCACCGGCGCCACCGCCAAGCCCAAGCUCCGGCGAGGCAAGUUGUUGGAAGGGGCUUGCCAGUUCAUGGGCGUCUUCGUCCGGCGGUCGCGGUUCGCGAGCUGCCAAUAGACCACGGAUGGUCGUCGGAUGGACAUGCACAUCUUGUUUGGCAUCUAUCUGCCUCGUCACAGAUGGACGGAGAAAUUUUGUCCUGUCAGUUUCUAGGAGGCAGUAGUCACGAGCCGUGAGGAGCAGCGGGCAAAUGCAGGAGGAUGGGAUGGGUUUGCUCCGGAAGAGUAGAAAUGGGUGGAUGCAAAACUGUUUAUACUGGAGAGCGACAUGGUGUAUAGCAUUAGAGAGCCCUUUUUUUACUUUCCUUGUGAUUUGUUUCAUUUUUUUAUUAUGUUAAUUAUCUUUCUUUUGUUGAUAAAACAGAAAUUCCAGGACGAAAAUUAGUCCAUGGGUCACUGUUUUUCUC